GCCAGAAUGGUGAUAGGUCGGGGCGGGAAACAGGAAAGUUCUUCAGUGUAUCGCACAGCAUCCCGGAAAUCAGCCCCAGGGGCCCCUCAUGUCCGCAUGCAGUGGCCUGUGGUUAAGCAGAGCGGUGUCCAGGCUGACGAGGCUGCAUGCGCACCUGGCCAUGUCUGCUAACCAGAUGUGCACAGAGUCGCCCGCGAGCAAACCGUCCGAAGAGGGAGCCGUGACCGCUGGAAUCAUCAUCAUAGGGGACGAGAUCCUGAAGGGGCACACGCAGGACACAAACUCCUUCUUUAUGUGCAAGAAGCUUCGUUCUAUCGGGGUUAAGGUCAGCCGGAUCUCCGUUAUCCCCGAUGACGUGGACGCCAUCGCAGGGGAGAUUGCCGCCUUCUCCCCCCGGUACACCUACGUGCUAACCUCUGGGGGCAUCGGCCCCACGCAUGACGAUGUCACCUUCGAAGCCGUGGCGAAGGCGUUUGGGGAGGACGUGUUCCCGCACCCGGAGCUGGUUUCCCUGGUGCAGAAGUUCUUUGGGAAGUCCGAUGCGUGGUGUCCCGAGAUGAAGUUGGCGCGGAUCCCCGUGUCCUCCAAGCUGAAUUACGGCACCGAUAAGCGGACGGGCGACUGCUUCAAAUACCCGCUCAUCAGCGUGCGCAAUGUGUACGUCUUUCCGGGUAUUCCCACGCUGAUGGAGCGUGCGCUGGAGGGCCUGGACCAUCUGUUUCGGAACGAGAACACCCGCUUUUACUGCCGGGAGAUCUUUGUGAACGCAGACGAGAUGUCUAUCGCCGCUGUACUGGACGAAGCGAACGCCUGCUUCCGCAGACACGUCAGUCUGGGCUCGUACCCCGACUGGGGGAACAACUACUAUCGCGUCCAGCUGACUCUGGACUCGGACUCCGAAGCACGGCUUGAAGAGGCCUACAACUUCCUGAUCCAGCGGCUGCCGCCGGGAGUCGUGGUUCCCUACGUGAAGGACCCGGUGUCUCAUGCCGCUGCCGAGGUGUAUCAGCUGGCACAGUCAGGUUCUCCUCUGGGUGUCAAGGUUGCCGCUGCAUUGCAGACCGUGGAAGAAGCUCUGAAUAAGUACAGCCUGGAUAGGAUCUGCAUGGCGUUUAACGGCGGUAAAGAUUGCACUGCGCUCCUGCACCUGUACCACGCUGCUGUACAGAGGAAGUACCCCGAGCGCAAGGAGAAGCUUCAAGCUCUCUACGUCCGCAUUGUGUCUCCCUUCCCGGAGAUGGAGCUCUUCAUGCAGGAUACCGCCAAACGGUACAAUCUUCAUAUCUACACUAUCCAAGGUGACAUCAAACAGGCCCUCAUGGAUCUGAAGGCUGAACAGCCGCAGCUGGAAGCCAUACUAAUGGGGACCCGUCGCACAGACCCUUACUCCGCAACGCUUACGCCCAUGUGUUUGACAGACCCCGACUGGCCAAAAUACAUGAGGGUCAACCCACUGCUUGACUGGUCGUAUCGGAAUAUCUGGGAUUUCCUCAGAACCCUCUUCAUUCCUUACUGCAUCCUGUAUGACAAAGGUUACACAUCUUUGGGCAGCAUGGAGAACACUACCAAGAACCCCUCUCUGAGGUUCACCACGGUGGCAGGGGUCGAGAGCUUCCAUCCGGCGUACAUGCUGGAGAACGAGGAGGAUGAGCGCACCUCGCGCAAUCUGCAGGUCGCCUCGGGCUGCGAUUCGGACUAGAAGAUGCCCUCCGAGAUACGCACAAGACCUCAUGGGGACCAGUGCCUUUGGGGGUCCAUGGGAGGAGGGGGUCACUUUAUUUACUGUGUGUUGAGUGCCUUUUCCAGCAGAAAUCAGCUGGUUUUGUGUUUAACCCAUUGUGUACACAUCUGUCUUGUGGAAAGAUUAUAGUCGCGCGCCGUCCAGGUACUCGGCACUGAGCCCCACGGCAGGGACAUCUCCGCUGUCAGCAGCUUCGCGGCACCCGGUGUCAGCAAAUCCCAAACACAGGCUGCCAGUCGGCUGACGCAGCGCACGCGCGGGGGGCGCCUGCCUCUCCCGCUGCCCCCUGUUUAGCUGGAAAUACCUCAUUUACAGACUGCCUUGCUGAUGUUAACUCUUUGAGUGACGAUGCAUUUGUCUAGUAAUUGCUGCUUCUUCAGGUUAAGGCAGAGAUGUAUCCGGAAUGUUAGUCGUUCACCCAGAUAAUGUGGUGUGA